AAUGAAUUACACUGUCUAUUCUCCAAACAAAAAAUUAGUUUAUUAAAACAAAAAUGGAUAAUAAUAGUUGUAAAUCUAAUAUAGUAUAUGUUUUAAGGUUGUCCCCAGAUUAAAAAUAUGAUAAAAAAGUUCAAGGUUUACUAAAAAUGAUAGAUUCAUAAUUUGAAAACAUGCUUCAUUAUUAAAGUUCAAUAGAAAAUAAACCUAAUCUCAGAACUGAACCCAAUGAAUAUUAAGCUGAUAAUUAUCCAACUAAAACUGUUAGACAUUUCAAAUCCUAAGAUAAAAAUUCUAAAACUGUAUUAGCUAAUCUGCUUAAUCUAGUUGAUUCAAAAGUUUAAAAAUCUACUAAAUUAAAUCAUUCUAUUUCUAAUACAAUUAAGUAAAAUAUCAUAAAAUUAUAGUGAUAAUUGGCUAACUAAAAAUAAACAACUAAUAAAGACUGAUUAAUCAGUUGAUUUAAAAAAUGACUAAUUAUAAGAUCGUAUCAAAACUUAAAUAUCUAAUUAUUCUAUUUAAGAUGCUUCUGUUUAAACUUAAUCAAGUAAGUAAAAAAAAUUUGGUUUUUUCACUUAUGAAAUCUCAUACAUUUCACCUAAAUGUAAAAAUUGUGGUUUUGAGAAGUAAAUGAUAGAUGAUAGAAGUAUUUAAAAUUAAAGAGCAGAAAGUAAUUAUGGAAACGCUUUCAAAGAGUAUUCAAAAAAUGAUAGUAUAGAAAAAUGCUAAUUCUCGAAAUCAAACAAUAAGUGAUAACUUUAUUUAUAAUUAGAAAUUAACAUUUUUUAUUUGAUCAAAAAAUUGAAAAUUAAUUAUUAGGUAUAAAUUCAAUCACUUUAGAUUAAAAAAAUUAUUCUUCAAAUAACCUCAAAGAUCUCUCUUUGCUAUAAUCAAUAAAGAAGAAGAAUAAGAACUUAAAAAAUUUUUCUUAAUUAGCUUAAGAUGUUUAGAUUUUCUCACCUGCAAAAUAAGAACACUUUAUAAAUACAAAUAUCAAAUAAUAAAAAAAAUAAUUGCAUAACCAUAUAAGUUAAUUUCAUAAAAGAUGA